AUGUCUAUCUUGGGCACGUCGAGCUCCGUGAGGAUUUAUCUCUGGGUCGUGUUGUUAGUUUGUUUCAGGACACCCGUUUCUGGGCAGCUUUCUUACACUGUUUCAGAGGAGGUUAACAUCGGAACUUUUGUGGGGAAUAUUGCCAAGGAUCUCAAUCUUCAACCGCAAGAACUGCAGUCACGUAAUUUCAAGAUUGUUUCUGGAUCAAGGUAUAAUUUUUUUGCAAUAGAUCUAAAGACUGGCUUCCUGUACGUCAAAGACAGAAUAGACAGAGAGGAGCUUUGCAGUGAUGAGCCACAAUGUUUGCUCAACAAUGAAGCCGUUAUAAAUAAUCCCAUGAAACUUUACAGAAUCGAGGUAACGAUCCUAGACGUAAAUGAUAAUGCCCCAAAUUUCAGUAGUUCUUCUCAGAACAUUGAUAUAACUGAAAAUACAGCACCAGGCACAAAAUUUCCAUUACAGACCGCGUAUGACGCAGAUAUUGGUGUAAAUAAUGUAAAUGCCUACACCUUGAGCCAAAAUGACUAUUUCACACUGUUUUUUCAGAAAGGAGAAGGUGUAACUCCAGAAUUAAUGCUUCAGAAGUUGCUGGACAGAGAAAAGCAGUCAAUGAUCAAAUUAACACUAACCGCUUUUGAUGGAGGAACACCAGCUAAGUCAGGCACAAUGGCCGUUGUAAUAAAUGUUUUAGACACAAACGAUAACGCUCCGGUUUUCAGUCAACGUUUAUAUAAGGCUUCAAUACAAGAAAACACACCAAUCGGAACAUCGAUUAUUACUGUCAACGCCACUGAUCUAGACACAGGAAAAAAUGGUAAAGUUUUUUAUUCUCUGAGUAAAUUAGGUAGAGGAAAAGAAGCAGAAAUAUUUACUAUAGACGAGCAAAUAGGAACGAUAACGAAUAAAAUGCCCAUAGACUUUGAGGACUAUAAUGCAUUUGAGAUCAGAGUCUUAGCACGUGAUGGAGCAACAUCUCCCCUUAUAUCUCAUACUAAAUUGCUUAUUGAAGUAUUAGAUGUAAAUGACAACGCGCCCGAAAUCUCUGUCACGUCUCUGCUAGACGUGGUCAAAGAAGACGUGUCCAUAGGUACCGCUGUUGCGCUAGUUUCAGUGUCUGACAGAGAUGGAGGUAAAAACGGUCAGGUCCAGUGUCGUAUAAACAAUAAUGUCCCCUUUAAACUUGAAACUAAUUAUAAAAAUUACUAUUCACUGGUGGUGAACGGUCCUUUAGACAGAGAAAGUACUGGUCAGUAUAAUAUUAGCAUUUCUGCCAUUGAUGAAGGCAGCCCACCUCUGACCAGCACGAGCCUUAUAACUGUGCACGUGUCAGAUGUGAAUGACAACAGUCCCGUGUUCACAGAAAGUCUCGUAAACAUUUAUCUAAAGGAGAACAGUGCUGUGGGAUCAGUCAUUAAAACAGUAACAGCAGCUGACGCUGACGUAGAUCAAAACGGUCACGUGACCUAUUCCCUCUUAAAACAUCCGGGUGAGUCUGUGCACCUGUCCACGAUGGUGAAUAUAAACUCAGAGACAGGAGACAUAGUGACGUUACAGACUUUUAACUUUGAGGAGCUCAAAACGUUUCAGUUUAAGGUCCAGGCCACAGACUCUGGUGUCCCUCCGCUCAGCAGCAACGUGACUGUGAACGUUUUUAUUCUGGAUGAAAAUGACAAUAGCCCCUCGAUCCUGGCGCCCUAUUCUGAGCACGGCUCCGUUAACAGUGAGAGCAUCCCCUAUUCCGCUGAAGCGGGCUACUUUGUGGCAAAGAUCAGGGCUGUAGACGCAGACUCUGGGUACAACGCGCUGCUUUCUUAUCACCUGUCUGAGCCCAAAGGGAACAACCUGUUCCGGAUCGGGACCAGCAGCGGAGAGAUCCGCACCAAGAGGAGGAUGAGUGACAAUGACCUGAAAAGUCACCCCUUGGUGGUGCUGGUGUGUGAUAACGGAGAGCCCUCCCUGUCCGCCACUGUGUCUAUUGAUGUAGUGGUGGUGGAGAGCACAGCGGACAUUCAGACUCAGUUCAGACAUGUGCCCAUAAAGGAGGAGAGCUUCUCGGAUUUAAACCUGUACCUGCUCAUCGCCAUUGUGGCGGUGUCAGUCAUCUUUCUGCUCAGUCUCAUCACGUUAAUAGCAGUCAGAUGUCACAGGACAGAGAGCUCUUUCAACAGGUACAGCGCCCCCAUGAUCACCACCCACCCUGACGGGAGCUGGUCCUACUCCAAAUCCACUCAGCAGUAUGACGUGUGCUUCAGCUCAGACACACUCAAGAGCGACGUAGUCGUUUUCCCCGCACCGUUUCCUCCUGUAGAUGCAGAACUGAUCAGUAUUAACGGAGGAGACACUUUCACCAGGACACAGACUUUACCUAAUACAGACAAGGUAAGAACCUAA